AUGGCGUCGCUUUCAACAGCUGUAAACAUUAUUUCCAAUCUUAGACAAUAUUUUGUAUAUGGAUCAUAUGUUGUACUUGCUGGUGGCAUGCUUGGCAAUAUUCUCAAUCUGAUCAUAUUUUCACAAUUGAAGCGUUUUCGAGAGAAUCGAUGGUCGUUCUAUUUCAUUGUCGAAUCAAUUGUAGGAUUAAUUUUCAUCGCAUCGAGCAUAAUUAAUACAACAGCACGUUUAAUCAUCGGAACCGAUUUUGAUCAAGUGUCGCUCGUCUGGUGUCGAUUGAGACUGAUCUUGAAUCAAGGACUGGGUUUGACAAUAUUUUUCAUAAUACCUUGUGCUGCUGUCGAUCAAUUUUUUUCGACAAGUUAUCUAUUUAAUUUAAGAAAUUUCUGUACACUGAAAUUAGUUCGAUCAUUAGUAAUCAUCACCAGCUGCCUCUGGUACGUUCAUAGUAUUACGUUUAGUUGUUUUCUCAACAUUCGAACAUCUGCUGGAUGUAUUAUCACAAAUGCAAAUGUAUCUCGUUACUCCAUUUAUUUCUUCUAUCCGAUUCUAUACGGUUCUAUUCAGAUUAUCAUUGCUUUUCUCUUCAGUUUAUUAGCGUUUCGUAAUGUUCGGCGUCUUGUUCGUCGGCAAAUUCCAAUUGAUCGCCGUCGAAUGGAUCAACAAAUGACAGCAAUGAUCUUAACGCGUGUCGCAUUUUUCAUUGUAUAUGCACUACCAUAUUCGAUCUAUCGUGUCUAUUCUAUUGGUGAAGUGCCUGAUCAGUCGAAGGCUUUACAAUACGCUAUUAUACAAUUAACUCUGCAGAUUUGUAUACUUUUGUUUACAAUGAACUUUUCUGCGAGCUUCUACAUUUUUAUCAUAACUUGUGCGCGAUAUCGAAAUCAGGCGAAGUAUGUUCUAGUGAAAAUAUGUUGGGCAAGAUUGAAACGUUGGACUUGCCAUCGAAAUAAUGGAAUUACCCCGUUGAACACACUGACGACAUCCUCAAAUGAUGAACUUGAUUAA